UAAAAAGAAAAAUGUCAAAUUCAACGAAUUUACCAUCGCAACCACCCCCACCACCGGCGCUGUCAAAUUUUACAUACAACCGGACACCACAUAAAAAAUGUCUAGCGACACAAGCUAAAAUAUGUAACAUCGAUGAAUGCACUUGGGCAGAUCCCUGGCCAGAAUUACAAAAAGGCUGUUAUUUAAAUAAAGUGUGCACUUUUAUGCCGCCAAAGGUUUGUCGUUAUAGAAAUAUUUCGAGUAUUCUUCAAGAAGGGCCAACCUGUGGAUUGACAGCGUUAAGUAUGAUUUUAAAUGGCACUCCAGCGGCUGACGAACUACUUAAAAUAGCCAGAGAACUUAAUUACACCAACAAUGGGGAAAUGUUUAGUGCCAAGAAUCUAUUUAAAUUGAUUUGUGAUACUGUGGCCGUGCGAACGACGGCGGCAGGAGAAAUGCCCCAAUUCGAAUGUCAAUUGUUCGAAGGUCAACUAAAUUGUGCCAAGGUCAGAGAUUGUUUACUCAACGGUGCGUGUAUUUUUGUUCCAUACGAUCCGGACUUUAAUAAUGCACCCUGUUUAAAAUAUGGCCACAAAGCUCAUUGGGCUUUAAUUAUAGGAUAUUUGAUUGAUGAAAUGGAUGAGUUCUUCAUCAUUACACGGCAUGGAAAAACUAAAAAUCUAGCUGUCUGGUCGUUGGAAUCAAUGAGUGCCAGUAAUUCUAAUUUAGAGGAAUUUUCACAACCAAUUGGCUAUCCGAAUUCGGAUUUUCUAUUACCUAAAGAUGGUAUUGGAGGAAAAUUGGGAUUAAAAAAUCAGGCAAUUAUUGUAAAUGGAUUGCUACAGGAAAUAAUUAUUGUAAGAUAAUGUGCCAGUGCUAUUUAGUGCCUAGUCGGAUAUUUGUUUAAUUUUGAAUUAAAGAAAAGUAAAUGUAUGCAACAUAAGCAUCUUAAUUUAA